CGCCGCCUGCCGGGCCGGCUCGGCGCCCCGCACCCCGGCGCCCGGCGCGCACCAUGCCGCAGCUGGACUCAGGCGGGGGCGGCGCGGGCGGCGGCGACGAUCUCGGGGCGCCCGACGAGCUGCUGGCCUUCCAGGACGAGGGCGAGGAGCAGGACGACAAGAGCCGCGACAGCGCUGCGGGCCCCGAGCGUGACCUGGCCGAGCUCAAGUCGUCGCUGGUCAAUGAGUCCGAGGGCGCGGCCGGCGGCGCGGGGGUCCCCGGGGCCGGCGGGCGCGGCGAGGCCGAGGUGGCGGCCGAGGCUCUCGGGCGGGAACACGCUUCGCAGCGACUUUUCCCGGACAAACUUCCAGAGUCUCUGGAGGAUGGCCUGAAGGCCCCAGAGUGUGCCAGCGGCAUGUACAAAGACACCGUCUACUCCGCCUUUAACCUACUCAUGCACUACCCACCCGCCUCAGGAGCCGGGCAGCACCCCCAGCCGCAGCCCCCGCUGCACAACAAGGCCAGUCAGCCCAGUCACGGCAUCCCCCAACUCUCUCCUCUUUAUGAACAUUUCAGCAGCCCACACCCCACCGCUGCGCCAGCCGACAUCAGCCAGAAGCAAGGAGUUCACAGGCCUCUGCAGACCCCUGACCUCUCAGGCUUCUACUCUCUGACCUCAGGAAGCGUGGGACAGCUCCCCCACACCGUGAGCUGGUUCACCCACCCAUCCCUGAUGCUAGGCUCUGGCGUAUCUGGUCACCCUGCAGCCAUCCCCCACCCGGCCAUCGUGCCUCCCUCAGGGAAGCAGGAGCUGCAGCCUUAUGACCGAAACCUGAAGACACAGGCAGAGUCCAAGGCUGAGAAGGAGGCCAAGAAACCAACCAUCAAGAAGCCACUGAAUGCUUUCAUGCUGUACAUGAAGGAGAUGAGAGCCAAGGUCAUUGCCGAGUGUACACUCAAGGAGAGUGCUGCCAUUAAUCAGAUCCUGGGUCGCAGGUGGCACGCACUAUCGCGGGAAGAACAGGCCAAGUACUAUGAGCUGGCACGAAAGGAGAGGCAGCUACACAUGCAGCUAUAUCCAGGCUGGUCGGCUCGGGAUAACUAUGGUAAGAAGAAAAGGAGGUCAAGAGAAAAGCAGCAAGAAUCCAAUACAGACCCUGGCUCGCCUAAGAAAUGCCGUGCUCGCUUUGGCCUCAACCAGCAGACGGAUUGGUGUGGUCCGUGCAGGAGGAAAAAGAAAUGCAUUCGGUACUUACCCGGAGAAGGCCGCUGCCCCAGCCCCGUUCCUUCCGAUGACAGUGCUCUAGGCUGCCCUGGGUCCCCAGGCCCCCAGGACUCACCCUCAUACCUCCUGCUGCCCCACUUCCCCACAGAACUGCUUGCUAGCCCUGCGGAGUCAGCACCAUCAUCACCAGGUCUUUCGGUUGCUCUCAGCCUCCCACCGCCCUGGGCCCCUCUAGGCACCCACCCUGCAGAGUACACAGCGACAGGACUCUCAGAUUCAGGCAGCCUAGCAUGCAUAGGACAUGUGGCCUCCCCCAGGGGUCCACUCUCAGAGAGGAGGCGACAGAGCCCCAAAGCACGUGGAAACCGGCCAGGGGUCCUGUUAACUCCUUCUCCGGGUCCAGGACCUGGAGAAGGCACCACAACUUCUGCCAGUACCUGAGGCCAUCAAUUCAGACUGCUGGUGCUGGAAAUAAUAUCUGUGGUGGCAUCUACCAAGCAUCCGUGCCUGUGGCAGUAUGCAGUCAAUCCAUUCUUUUUACCAUCUGUCUUACCGAUCAUGUGCCCCUACAUCCCUUGCUUUUUUUGCCUACAGGCCAUAGGUGGGCUGGUGGAGCCCAGCUGCUUGCCCUGUCCCUGCCCCUCCUUAACCAUCCCCUCAACUCACUCCCCAGUCAAGUCUUCCCAUAUGACACUUCAUAGACCAAGAACGGGCUGGUUUGUCAAAAGCUGUGUGAGCGUGGUCAUAACUACAAAGCUCAAGAUAAUGCUUCUCUCUAAAGGUGCUUAGAGAAGCCCUGUUUACAGAAAACCAGCUGCUAUUUGUAAACUGGACUAGAGAAAACCUUUUACCACAUUUUCAGGAGCUUGCAAAAGGAAGGAAUGGAGUAAGUUUAGGCCUAUCAUCCUAGGCAACAACAAACCUGACACUACCUUAUCAGGAAAGUGUGUGUUGUGGUCUGAUAUCUGGCUCUAGUUCAAAUUAUUUGCAAAUGUUUCUUUGUGGAGAAAUUCACCGGCCUUAGAAAUCCCAAUACCAAGGUCCCCCAGGCCUGACACUAUGGUUUCAGAAAAGUUUGCCCCAAAUCCACUGCAUUCCUCCCAAUUCCAGGACCUUUUUCACAGCUCCAUUUACAGCUUAUCUGUAUCAGUCUAACCAGCUCUUGAGUAGCUGAGAGGACAUACACCAACCUUCUGACCCCCAUUACCCAUCUGCCAGCAUGAAACCAGGCCACGUUUGGUUUCCCUUUGGGGCUUCAAGAAGGACCAUUAUAACCAAAGCAAAGAGCCCAGAAAAUGUCUAGCGGUAGAUAGUGGGUUUUUACCACAGCCUACUUUAAACCAUUUCUGAGCCAAGCUUCAACCCUGAGCCUUAAAAAACAAAUCUUUUAAUUUAAACUUUUUUUUUUUUGCCUUCUCCUCACUGUACAUAGCCUGAAUCCAAAGAAAAAGGGCUGCCUGUACCCAUUCUCUUACAAUGAAAGUCUGUACUUCCUAUUUUAGCCACUGGUUGCUCAGAAUCCAAAGAUAUAUAUUCUAGUAUAGUGUUACCAAAGUCUUGAUGGAAAAAAGGACCAUUGUGUAGUGUUUAAAAUAUUUUUAUAUUGUUAAUGCAUCAUCAUAGAAAAACUUUUUAAACAUGAGAAUAAAGAUACUUUUUACUGGUUUUCAUUUUUAAAAGCUUGA